AUGAACGUGAAGCGAGCUCCCAUCACCACCUUCUGCGUCGUUCUCGCGCUCGUGUUCUACUCGCUCGACCUACGACACCUGGAAUGGGCCGCCGCCGCUGCUGCCACCCUGCCCGACGCGGUGGUCCUCAAGCUGCCCGGGUUCCUCUGCACCUGCAGCCUCCUCCUGGGCUUUGCCUUCUACUUCCUCUUCGAGCGCUUCAACGCCCAGGCCGUCGCCCACCUCCCGCUCUGGGACGAACUCAAGACCGCCCGAGGAGGAGGCACGGUCAGGAUGAUGACGAUCAACAUGCUGCUGCGACCGCCCUUCAUCAACUACAACGGAGACGACUACAAGAACGAGCGGCUCGAGCUGCUCGUGCGCCACGUCCUGCCGCACUACGACAUCGUGGCGCUCCAGGAGGUCUUCUGGUUCUGGAACUUCCGCCUGGGCACCCUCCUCAAGGAGGCCCAGGCCCUGGGCUUCCACUGGUACACCAGCAACGCCGCCCCGCCCCUGUCCUCCCGCAAGUUCAUCGACGGCGGUCUGCUGAUCCUGAGCCGCUUCCCCAUCACCGAGACCCGAAAGCGCAUCUACACGAAUGGCGUGCAGAUCGACGGAUGGGCAGCGAAGCAGGCGCUGUACGCGAAGGUGCACAUCAGCCCGACGACCCACAUCCAUGUGGUCACCACCCACACGCAGGCCGACUACGCCAGCAACAGCACCAACGCCCAGAACGCCACCACGCGGAUGAGCCAGAUCCGCGAGAUCGGGGAGCUCAUCCACGACGUGUGGCGCGAGGACCCGCACAAGGGCGAGGUGAUCGUGAUGGGCGACCUCAACGUCGACGGCCGAGCGCACGACGACGAGACCCGCAUGGCCAAGCGGGACAAGUGGGGCGCCUGGGGGGAGGAGGACAGGGACAGCGAGGAGUACAAGGUCAUGAUGGAGACGUUCAGGAGGUCGGUGCGGGGCAAAGCGGUGGUGGGCAAGUCGGUCAAGAAGGAGCUCGGCCUGGACCACCACAACAACGGGUGCAAGGCCAAGGAAAGCGAGCCUGAUGCGGCCAAGCCUCUACUGAUCUGCACGGACCUGCUCCGCGAGGCCAACAAAGGCGUCAACCCGGUCACCAUCGGCGACGUCAAAGUACUGGACGACGGCUGCCUAGCCCCUCGCGAGACAGCACUGACCGAUCCGGUGACGGACAUGCUGUCGCGCUCGUGCCUGGACUACAUGAUCCACUUCAAGCUCGUCGAUGAGUCGGCUCCCAAGCGGGAGGAGCUGGCGGUGAUGGAGGCGCAGGUGGAGCCUUUCUUCUUCGACCCACGCAAGCUGGGCGGGCUCCCCAUCACCCAGCUUUCCGACCACUACGGCCUCUCCGCCGCCGUCACCAUCAAGCCCACCACCCAGUCCUCCUAA